CAGGAAAUAAGCAGUCAUUGUUCUUCUUGUACGGCUUAAUGUGACGACGAUGAAGAUGGCUGCUGCGUUCAUCGUCUCUGCGCUUCUCAUCUGCUGCUCCUUCACCUCCUGCACGGCAACACCAGAUUGUGAACAGUAUGCUCCAGCAGGGGGCGACUUCACGGUGCACCUUCGAGUCAAACUGGACGCCACGGACAAAUUAACGUGGAAACGUAACGAUGAAAACAUAUUUAGAAGAAAGGGACCGUUGAUGAUCUUGGGGAAGGAUGAUGAUGUCUCUGAGGACGGAUCUCUGAGGCUGAGAAAAGUGACAAAGGAAAUGGAGGGGACUUACGAGGCCGAGGUCCACAAUGAAGCCGGGAAUUCACGUGGGAAGUUCCAAAAUGUCCUGUGUGUGCAAGAACGCGUCAAGAAACCCAAAAUAAAGCAAGUCUGUGAAUCAGAGAAGGUCAAGUUCACCUGCGGAGGUGGUCAGGUGAAAGGUGUGAGCUACAGGUGGCAUAUGAACGGCAAAGAGUUGAAGUACACAGUCGAGUCUGUGAACCUCUUAGUUAAAGAUGUGACGGAGGGAGUCUCCUGCACCGUGUCUAACAAAGUCAGCAACAUGAGCAGCGAGGCCAUCAGUCAUGACUGUAUCAAGUCAGGGUUUGAGUUACCUGAAAUUAUUCCAGGGAUAAGCUCCUGGGUCCUUGUGGGCGCUGGAGGAGGAGUUGUUCUGAUUCUGUUCGUCGUCGUCAUCGUUUGCUGCAUUCUGACCAGGCGGAGACAACACAUGCACGUGAAGGAUGAGGAGGAGCUUCGUUUGGGCUGGACCAAUCCCAACCAACAUCCUCAUCAGCACCAUCCUCACCCGUCCAAUCAACAACAUCCUCAUCAUUCUCACCCAGCCAAUCAACAACAUCCUCAUCAUCACCAUUCUCACCCGCCCAAUAAACAACAUCCCCAUCAUCAGCAGCAGCAGCCGGCCGGUCACACCGGGCCACGCCCACAUCGCAACAAACAGCAGCGCCAAAGAAACCCCAACCAGCCCGGUGAUCAGCCUCAGCCCAGCCCCCGACGACAGCUCCCCCGAGAGCCUGAUGAAGAGCAGCCCCCUCCUCUUCCUCAGCCCAGGAAGAACGCUCCCCGAGUGUGACUCCACUAGAAGCCUCCCCUCCUCCUCCUCGUCUCUGCCCCUCCUCCCUGCCCCUUCUCCCUGCUGAGGAUGACAAUGUUGAUGGAUUCUUCCUCCUUUGAAUGAACUUUUUUUUAUAGAUUUUUUAUUUCUUUUUAAGCUGAACUCAAACUAAACACAAUCAAACUGUCCCUGUCCUCAUGUGAACACAGUUCUUCAUUAUAGUAUGUUUUCUUUUAAAUCUUCUUCUUGCCUGAUGAUUCCUCUGCCUGGAUAAAUACUCGGCUCUGAUUGGCUCUCAGUUAAAGCGUCUGUCUAUAAUUAACUCACCUGGUUAACGAGCUCACACCUGUUCACAACAAAGACAGAUGAACUUCAUUAACACAGUGUCGUCUUGCAGUACGUCUGAACACACCAGGAGGGCGCUGUGACACCAACUGCCUCUAGUUGUCACUGAAACACAAACUUUAGAUUCUGAUUGGCUGAAAUAUGAAAACACCUUUUUCCACCUGCUGCAGUCAGUGAUGAUGUUAUCCAAGGUGUGUUCAUGUCCUCCUGCCCUGGAGUCUGAUUGGCUAUGUGCAUCCUUAGAGGUGGGGCUUGUGUUGAAAUCAGCUGUCUGGGGCUGUUACAGCCAUUUGGCCUGUUUGUUGUGAAGGUAUGAAGUGUGUUUGUAUUUAGAUAAAUCAGCUGAUUAAAAAACAUGAUUUUAAAUAAUUCAUCCACAGAUUAUAAAA